UAUAAGGCUACAAUUUAUUAUAGUAAGAGAAAAAGAAAAGGAGAGAUAUUAAGGUCCAUGGUUAUGGGUGGAAAGGGAAAGAGUUAUUGUUGGUUGAGUUUGUGUUUAUUGGGUUCUACAAUUGUUAAUAUAUACUUUUUGAGUGAUUUAUAUAUUGAUGGGAAGGGGAAGGUGAGUUGGAGUGAAGAAGGUGCAGCAAAAGCAGAAGAAGUUGCAUCUAUAUAUUGUUCAAAUCAUGGAAGGGCUUAUUUGGAUGGAGUUAUUGGUGAAGAUGGGAAGCCUGUUUGUGAGUGCCACACUUGCUAUGCUGGCUCUGAUUGCUCUUUGUUAUUACCUCAUUGUGCAGCUGAUGUUGACAGAGGUGCCCACGGUUCCAGAAUCGACGGUUACGGUUCAGAACCGCAGGUUUCGGUUUUGAAAAUUUCCGAACCGGAACCAAACUGCGAGGGUGUUUUGCGGUUAUGGUUUCGGUUCCAAAACCGCCGGUUUCGGUUUUGGUUCCGAACCGGUGGUUUUCCGACGGUUUUUCACAGUUCUAAAUCGCCGGUUUUUGGCGGUUCCGGCUCGAUUUCACAGUUCCGUGGUGAUCCACUAUUCUUGGAGCCCUUCUGGAUGCACCAUGCAUCCAGCAGUGCAGUUCUUAUCUCAGGUUGGCAUAGAAUGAGCUACAGCUUCCCCGGCCCGACCCCCAUCUCCGAGGUGCUCGACAGCCACAUCCGACGCAUCCACCACGUGGCCAAAAACGCCCUAACCGAUGGCAAAUACAUAGUCUUUGGUGCCGGAUCCACACAGCUCCUCAACGCAGCCGUCUACGCCCUCUCCGCCAACCUCUCCUCCCCAGCAAGCGUCGUUGCAUCCGCACCUUUCUACCCGAUUUACAAGAGUCAGACAGACUUCUUCCAAAACGAGAACUACGCGUUCAAAGGGGAAGCCUCGUUGAUGAGCAACGCCUCGUAUGCAAACACGAACGUGAUCGAGUUCGUGACCUCCCCCAACAAUCCAGAUGGGAAUCUGAAGGAGGCUGUGUGCAAAGGGCCUAAUGUGAGAGCUAUUUAUGAUCAUGCCUAUUUUUGGCCUCAUUUUACAGCAAUUCCUUCCCCUGCUGAUGAGGAUGUCAUGAUUUUUACCAUGUCUAAGCUCACCGGUCACGCGGGAAGCAGAUUCGGAUGGGCUCUCGUGAAAGAUGAGGAAGUAUACAACAACAUGAUGACGUACAUAUCAGUAGCAGAGAUUGGAAUCUCAAGAGAGACUCAGCUUAGAGCUCUGCAGCUUAUGAAAGCAAUUCUUCGUGGAGAUGGCAAGGAGAUCUUCGAUUAUGCAUUCGAGAAGAUGAGUGAUCGUUGGGGAAAAAUAAGCCGAGUUUUCUCAAAGUCGAAGCGUUUCUCCAUUCAAGAAAUCCCACCAUUGUACUGCAACUUCUUUGAUAAAGUUAGGGGACCUUCUCCAGGUUAUGCAUGGGUGAAAUGUGAAAGAGAAGAAGACCUAAAUUGCACAAGAGUUCUCGGGGAAGCAAACAUCAUCGGUCGGGCAGGCAGCAGGUUCAGCGUCGCUGACCGCCACGUCCGUCUCAGCCUGCUCAAGGGCGACGAUGAUUUCAAUCUAUUGUUGAAUCGUCUCGAGACACUAGUGGACGAGGAAGGCGGGCCGGAGGCCGUGUCAAGCUUUUAACGAUCAAUCUCAUAGUUGAUCUUGAUUUAAUAGGAGCUGUAUGUUAUAUUCUACAUAAUGUUGUACAAAAUCAUUCAACUUGAAAUUGCUUCUCAUUGCCUAUUUAAUUCAAAAUAUCAAAUUAAGACUCCA